CCUCCUUUCCAUAUAUGCAUUCCUCAUAUCAAACUUAACACCUCCAUAGAGACCUUUUUUAUAACUCUCUUCAUGGCUGAUAAUGUCCAAGUAGUACCCAUUGAGGAACCAGCCUCGACCGCAACCGCCACAGCCACCGCAACAACCAAUGAGCUAGAAACCAAAAGCUCCGAUCAAAUGGAGUCACAAAGCGACAAGCCACCCAUUGGAAUGUUGGUUACGAUCGUAAACCUUUGUGCCAUCGGUAUUCUUCCAAUCUUCACCUUCUUUCUUUCUCUUACACUCCUCGGCUACGCUGUGUGGCUCUUCUACAUGCGCAGCUACGAAUGCGAAGACAUCCUCGGUCUCCCACGUGUCCAGACGCUCGCUAGCGUCGGUCUCCUUGCCGUGUUCGUCGUCAGCAACGCGGCUCUCUUUCUCCGAAGGAAGUUUCCUAUGCCCGCACUCGUGGUGAUGGUGGUGAUUCUUUUGCUAAUGAUGUUCAUGGGUUUGGCGUACGCAGGAGUCAAUGAGAUGCAGAGCAGGCGGUUUCCGGCGACUGCGAGGUGGUUUAAGCUCAAAGUGAUGGAUGAUGUUAAUUGGAACAAUAUCAAAUCGUGUGUCUACGAUAAAGGAGCAUGCAACGAGCUUUUUUACCAAUAUCCUAAAGAGAAACCUUACAACAGAAGGAAAAUGCCACCAAUAAAGAAUGGAUGUUGUAUGCCGCCGGAGACAUGUAACAUGGAUGCUUUAAACGCGACCUUUUGGUAUAGAAGAAAAAAAGAGGGCCCACCAUUGGAGACGGAUGUGCUGUAUGGUGGGAUGGGCGGAAUACUAAGCGACUGUGAGUUAUGGAGGAACGAUUGGAGCAUAAUGUGCUAUGAUUGUAGAUCUUGCAAGUUUGGAUUCAUAAGAUCUCUAAGAAGGAAAUGGUGGCAGCUUGGUGUCUUUUUGGUUGUCAUCUCUAUUCUUCUUCUCAUCUCUCACCUCUUGAUCUUCUUGGCCACCUUUUGGGAAAGAUUCAAGGGUCAAAUAAUCAUCAUGGAGGUGGAGAGUUCUAUGUGGUAAAAUAAUUCAUUUGUUCUGUAUUCAUUUUAGUACUCAAGCAGGUGUUCCUUUAAGCAGAUCUUUAGCUCUUCAUCCUU